AUGGAGAGAAAGAAGAACAAGAUAAUUUUUCCUUACUGGAUCAAGUGAGCACUAUUUUAUUCACUUUACGGGAUGGCCUUUUUGACUCAGAUUAUUUCAAAUGCAAUUACGUGUUUCCUUAAUGAAUUUGUAGCAAAUAUUGAUAAUACACUGUGCUUUUUCGACCGAGUACUGUGCACGAUGCUCGAAACAUUGUGCCUGACCAACUUCCGCUGUACUGGGCUCCAGUUUAGUGGAGUGGACCCGAUAUGGCUAAUCAGGGAAUUGCCCUGUAAAACUUGCAAUGUUGAGGAAAUACUUUCAAAGGUCAUUAUUAUUUCAUGUGAUUAUCUACUUGUCUCCAAAAUGCCUAAAAAGCAUAGAAAAAGUGAAGAAAACAGACUUUUUCAAACAACAAGGAUUCAGAUAAUCCUGGGCAAACGUCCUUGGGAUAGUACCGCAAUAUUCAUAUUUUUCUGUUAUUUCUCGGUUCCCUCUUUAAACAGUUCAGCGUUUUCAAAAUUUUCUUGCAGUUCUCCCUCCCCCCACCCUAUACAAAGUUGAAACUCGGAAAAAAAUUAUGGAUACACGCGUCCAACAUUGUUUGUGGGGUGAGGAGAGGGGCUGGACCUGUGUGAAUUGGAAAACGCCCCAGAAAUGCAAGUGUCCCAAGACUUUUGUCCAUGAUUGUAGGCCUUACUAUGGGAUCUGUGCGCUUUUCGUUGUAUCUGCUCCCGUUAAGCUGUGUAUAUAGAUCGAACGCACAUGGGAGCCUGCCUACAGAUGUUCCGCCUGCUCUUACCCAUACGACAGUGACGCGAACUUUUGCCGAGCCUGCGGUAAACCUAAGUCGCCUGAGCCAACGCAAGGGGCCCGUUCAAAUGCAGACAUGCCUCUGAUCAACUUUUAAGCGCUUUACAGAAUUCCAAGAAUCGCUCAGAAACAAACCUUAUGAACGGCAAAAGGAUUCAUUAGAAGCUCAGCUAUCGAGUUUCUUACGCCCUCUUGUACCCCCAAAGAAAUUUUCUGCUGCGAUCGCGGAAGACAUCGUAAAGUUUUUGAUUAGCAUGGAUGCCGCGGGAAAACAAAAACUCCAUAUACGCUCAUGCUCUAGUAAGACCUGUAGUUGCCCUAAGCGUCUGGCGGCCGGAACUGUCGAUUCACAUAGCUUCACAUAUAGGGAAGCUUAGAUCGAUUUUCAAUAGGUUAGGCCGUACAGGGUUUUCUAACCCGUUCGCACGUCCUCGUGUUAAAGAAUAUAUUAUGUUCGUAAGAGAGGAGCAAGCUCAGCGACCUUUGUAACCUUGUCAGGCUGUGGCUUUGUUCUAUGACAAAAUUCACCCGUUUAAUUGCCUAUCUUCGCGGGCUUGUUGCCGAAGGCUCUGUUCUUUCUCCUCUCAAUAG